AUGGGGCUCAGACCCGGCCAGGCUCCCAUGUGGGUGCCCGGCUCCUGUCCCACCUGUCCCACACUGCUCACACACAGCACCCAUCGCUGGCCCCCGCAGCACCCACCUCUCACCCACAGCACCCACCUCUCUCACACACCCACGCAGAGCCCCCCUCUCCCACACGCAGCACCCACUUCUCGCACCCUCACGCAGAGCACCCAACUCCCACCCGCAGCACCCACCUCUUGCAUACACAGCACCCGCUUCACACGCACCCAGAGCACCCACUGCUCUCCUACAGCACCCACCCUUUGCACGCCCGCCCCCGGAGCACCCACCUCUCAACUUACAGCACCCACCCCUCGCAGACCCGCAUCCGGAACACCCACCUCUUACCCCGAACACCCACCUCCCACCCGGAGCACCCACCUCUCACUCACAGCAGCCACCUCUCACCUACAGAGCCCGCCCCCCGCGCCCCCGCAGCUCCCACCCCUUGCAGACCCGCACCCCGAGCACCCCCCAGCCCAGGCUCACCGGGAGCGGGCUCCCCGCGCUCCCUCCCGGCCCCGCACCGCCGGCCAACGCUGCCGGUGCCCGUGCCCGGUGCUCACCUGGAGGCCCCUGCGCCGCAGGAUGCUGGGCUCGUCCAUCCCGCCGCGCCGCCGCCGCCUCCCGCUGCGCCCGCUCCGCCCGGUGCGCCCGGUCCGCCCCGCCGGUGCGCCCGGGGCGCCGCCCAGCGGCCCCGCCGCGUCACCGGACGCGCAUCAGCACCCAGCCCGGGGCUGGCACGGCACGGCUCGGGGCUGGCACAACACAGCUUGGGGCUGGCACAGCAGCGGGCUGGCACGACAUGGCAAGGGCUGA